GCAGCGGGCGAUGCCCCGGGGCUGGGCGCGGGGAGGCAGGUGCCGGGAAGAUGCCGGUGAAGAACAGGUACAACCUGGUGGACGAUGGCUGCGACUCGCGGGUCCCCCUGCACAACGAAGACGCCUUCCAGCACGGGAUCCACUUCCAGGCCAAGUACAUCGGUAGUCUGGAUGUGCCGAGACCCAACAGCCGUGUGGAGAUCGUAGCAGCCAUGAGACGGAUUCGGUAUGAAUUCAAAGCAAAGAACAUCAAGAAGAAGAAAGUGAGCAUCAUCGUUUCUGUGGACGGGGUGAAGGUGAUUCUGCGCAAGAAGCAGAAGAGAAAAGAAUGGACCUGGGACGAGAGUAAGAUGUUAGUGAUGCACGAUCCUGUCUACAGGAUCUUCUACGUGUCGCACGACUCGCAGGACCUCAAGAUUUUCAGUUACAUUGCAAGGGAUGGCGCCAACAACUCGUUCAGAUGCAACGUUUUCAAAUCCAAAAAGAAGAGCCAGGCCAUGCGGGUGGUGCGGACAGUGGGCCAGGCCUUCGAGGUGUGUCACAAGCUGAGCCUGCAGCACGCACUGCAGAACGCGGACGGCCAGGCGGACGGCGCCAGCGACAAGUCUGUGGAAGAGCAGCCUCUAGAAGUUCACCAGCAGGGAGGAGCCAAGAUAGUGGAUGUUGAUGAGGCUGACGUGGACUCCGAUGGCAUCGGCCUGUCUGACAGGGGGACUGAAGAGUUGCCGUCCCCCAUGGGGGAGCUGGGCAUUCUGAAAUCCGGACAGAUCUUAACAGACAAGAGCUGUCAGGAUGCUGAAAACUGCUCCAUCUACCCCUCCGUGUCCCAGCAACUGCUGAGUGCAAGCAGCCCCUCCUCCUCUGCCUCGGCAACCCCGCUGGCCUCCCAGCACUGCCUGCAGCUCCUCCAGCACCAGCUACUGCAGCAGCAGCAACAGACACAGGUGGCCGUGGCACAGGUGCAGCUGCUGAAAGACCAGCUGGCUGCCGAAACAGCCGCCCGCAUCGAGGCUCAGGCCCGGGUGCGCCAGCUGCUGCUGACCAACCGCGACCUGCUGCAGCACGUCUCUCUGCUGGUGAAGCAGCUGAAGGAGCUGGAGAUCAAGGUGCAACACAGGCAGCCAGUUGACAGAUCCUUGCAGAACCUGUCCCUGGCUCAGUCCCUGUCUCUGAACCUGAAGAACCAUUACAGCCUGGAAAUCAACCUGCCCUCCACCUCCACCCCAGCCAGUGUCCUGGGCAGCCCACUGGCCCCUGGCUCGCUGGCUCUGCUGAGCACCAGCGCCUCCUACCUCAACCUCCUGAGUCUGGAGAAAGGUGGCAGGGGCCCUGUCGCCACGGACGGGGACGAGCGCCUGGUGGUGCUGGUGGGGCAGGAUGGUCUGUACCGGCGGGUGGAGGGCUCCGAGGUCAGCGACCAGGCUCUGCUCAAUGGCGGCGGCAGGCAGAAGGCAGGCGACCCGAGCAGCAGAGCAGAGGACGAGAGGUUGCAGCAGCCCAUCCCCAAGCUCAACCCCCCUCCGCCCAUCCUGCGGAAGAGGUCGAGCAAGACGUCCCCGAGCUUGGAGGUGGAACCGAAGCCUGAGAACGCUGCUCCCACGACGCUGCCCAGCCCCAACGCGUCCAGUCUCACCAACGUCACCACCCGCUCGCUCGCCAGCUUGGAGUUCGAGUCGGACGCCAGGACUCCUGCCCCAGGCACAGAGCUCUUCCCCAACCAGGGGGCCCGGCCGGCAUGGGGCGAGAACAGCCAUGCGACCCCCAUGUCUGGCACCUACCGUCCUUCGGAAGGGGCCCCUGCACCUGGCGAGAUGGCUAGCAAGGACCCAGCGAGACACCCGGCAGGCACAGCCUGCACCAUGGACAGCACCUUGCCGUUCUCCUCCGCGGGCACCGAAACCUGCUUGCACAUCAGCUUCUCAGAGGAUGAGCUGCUGGAGAACGAGGUGGAUGAGGCCAGGGGACUCAGCAGGGUCCCUGCUUAGCCCCCAGUUAACUGGCAAGCUGUGCCGGUGCCAUCAUUACCCGGUGUUAGAAUUUAAAUUGGCACAGACUUCGGGGUAACUAGAGUUCUUAGUACUUAGCCCAGGGAGCAGGUUGCUUCCCCUGGCUUCUCUGCAACACGUAGCAGCCAGGCUGGUUUCGUAACGCCCUCCCCAACAGGCUGCUGGGUGCUACAGGACGAGGCCAGGUUCGUCCGAGCCCCCCAAACCGUCACAGGCUGUGGGGUGCAGACCCCACUGUGCAACAGACAUUGGCUUGGAGAGCAGAUGGUAGAGUGCUGCUACAACUGUCCUCCAAACCCCCAGGUGGCCGAGGGCCUCUCCUCGUCCUGCUCCGUGCACAGUCCAGUGACACACGCAGCAGGGUGCCUCUCGGAAACGCUGCCCCGUUGCUCUGGGAGGGUGGUGCUCAUUCACUGCCAUGACUCACUGCCCCAGUCAUGGUCGGCUGCAGUGUCUGCCAGACAGUGCCAUCCUCCGCCCAGUGAGUGCCACACCCCACCCUGCCAUUCCCACGGCUCUCCGGCUGGGCUGCUGCACUGCUGAACGUGCCUGAAUGGCUGUGUGGCCAGAGCAGGUGACUCGUGUUUACCCCAGCCAGAGGAGGCAAGUCCGUUCCAGUCCGUGUUUGCUCCUUUGCUGCUGGGGCCCAGGUCUAGCCUCCCCCCCCCUUCCCCAGCACUGGGGCCUGACUUGUGACAAGCGUUCCCCGAUGCUGUGCAGUGCGAGUCUCUUGGCUAGGGGUAUUAGAUCCUGCCUAGCGAGCCCCAAACAGAACAGGGGCCCAAGUGCAAAUCCUCAGAUGCUCCACUCCUGACCCCUUGGGAAUGGAAUCAGCUUUGAUAUGUAUUAGCUGCUGGAACAGGAAACUGCAUCGCUAGGGCUGGGAGCAGGCAGAGCGGGACGGGGUGCUGGCAGGCUCUUUGAAACGCCCAAGGCAGCCCCAGCUGCGAAGCGGGAGGCUAGGCUGGAGAAUACCACUGGAAGCUGUCCGGGCAGGGGUGGGCAGAGCACAAGGACCCUGGGUUGAUUAACAAGCCAAGUCCACCGGUCUCCCCGCUCCGCAAAGCACUCUGCAUCUGACGGGGACAGCCGGGUCCAGGAUGUGGCCCUGUUACGCUGGUUCCAGGCGUCUGUUCCCGUCUCAUACUGAUCCCCCUUGGCUAAUGGGACAGGAAGAACAGCCACCAUUUGGUAGGAGGAUAAAUAGCUGGGUACAGACUAGUUCAGACGCCUUUCCCAAGGCUUGAGAGUUCACGGUAUCCCCCUAGCAGAGAUUGGGACCAUCCGGUCACUUCUCUGGCUUCAGGACCCAUCUAAGGGUUUGCUUGGGAGUGGUGCUAAUGCUAAAAAUCCAUUGCCCUUCCCCCAUGCCCAGGCCCUCCUGGGAAUGGAGGGGCAGGAGGCACCUGGCUUCAUGUGUAUUUGGCCACCAGACCCUCCCAACCUUGCAGCCCAGCUUGUAUGCACCCUGGGGAGUCUGCUCCGAGCACCUCACCAUGCAGCGUUGGCUUCCAGCUUCCCCAGUGCACACUGUGGAAGCAACUCCUACUCAUCGAGUUCGGCCGUGUUCCCACUGGUUGCUACAUGGGAGGAGCUCAGUGCAGUGUGACUCUGCUCUCUCUAGUGGCCAGGCCAGCUUGGAAGUGGGGGGCGCUCACCCAGGAAGAUCAGUGGUGGCUCGUUACUCUCCCCAGACGCGUUCAGGAGACGAUCAGAGCAGCUGGGUAGUCUCGGCUUUCCCUACCCCGCCCGCUCCUCUUCUGCCCAAGCUGUGCUCUUAUGCGCAAUCUGCUGCACGUUCUGACCGGGGGGGAGGGAUUGGUCCAAGGUUUGUGCGAUUUACCAGGUUAUGGAUCAGUUUUUAGGAGUAAUGAAAUGGGGGGGCGGGGGUUGGGGGCUGCCCGUAACGUUAAUGCUGCAAACGGGUACCCUAGGCCCAGGGCCGGGUUAGGUGCAGUUUAGACAAGGUGGGGUGAAGCAAAUGUACCCCCGCCCCCGAAUGAGUGGUGAAAGCUUCUGCAGGUUGGGGUAAGGGAAGUGAGCAGGCUGGUGUGUUGCAGAUGGAUGGGCCGUGCAGCGCAGGGCAGAGGAGUUAGAGCAAGGCUUAGCUACCACUUCAUGCUCACAAGGGCUAGGCACCGCAGGGGCCCUCCUUUAGGCUGGAGGGAGACUCACGCAGUGCCCAGCCUUGUGCGGUCUGCCCAGGGUGACAGUGUCCUGGCUGAGUGCGUGCAGGUGCUUGAGGAGGGGUGUGUGCGGGUGAUCAGCAGAGGGGAGGACUAAGUGUGGCAGCAGUUGUUAGAUCCAGGGGCUGGAUCGGCCCGCACAGCUCUGGUGACGUGUGGACUCUACAGCUGGGAUGUAUUUCAGUCUGCUAGGAAACACACUGACCUUGUGCUGAGAAAACAGGCGUGUAGGUGCAGUUUGUUACUGGACUUCGAAGGAAAUAAAGGCUGUGUCCUGCUCUCCUGGGGCCAUGGGAUUUCCACGCCGUGCCCUGUGGCUGGACAAGCGGCCGGGAGCCGGCGCUGUAAUUACAGAUUUGUUUUCCACG